AUGGAAAGAAGAAAUCAGAAGCAGCAGCCUGAUCCUUCAAACAGCUUAAAAAGGAAGAGAGAAGAGUGCCUGGACUGUUCUGACUACUUUAUGGCUGUAGCUGUCCUUACAGCUAAUAUGAGCCAAGACCCGAGUACACAGGUAGGGGCUUGUAUUGUGAAUCAGGACAACAAGAUAGUUGGCACUGGUCAUAAUCAAAUGCCCAAAGGCGGUGAAGACAUGCUACCAUGGGAACGAACAGGAGACGAUGAACUGAAGACUAAGUACCUUUAUGUGUCCCAUGCAGAGCUGAAUGCCUUUAUGAACAGUCCUGAUGUGAAGGACUGCACUAUCUAUGUGACUCUGUUCCCCUGCAACGAGUGUACCAAGCUCAUCAUCCAGGGAGGCAUUAAGAAGGUGGUCUAUCUUUCUGAUAAGUAUAAGGAGGAUAAAUUAACAAUCGCUUCCAAGACGAUGCUCGGAUUGGCUGGCAUACCAUACGAGCAAUUCAUCCCCAAGAACACAGCUGAGAUUGACAUCAAUAUUAAUCCCAAUUAA